ACAGUAAUAUAAACGACAGCUGGGCCUAGAGAGUGGAGACGCCGCUGGAUCAGACCAUCUGUUCCAGGCCCAUGUAAAUUUGCACUGUGUCCGGUCCCGGAUGCCGAUCCGCUUCUAUCCCUGCGGCCCUCCCUGCCCAUCUCCCGAUUUCCCCGCGUGCGCUCUCUCUCUCCGUCGGCGACGAGCCUGGGCGACCAGCGCCGCCGCCCCUAGCCCAGGUCUCCAUCGGACGCUUCGCCAGGUCUUGUUUAGACCCACCGCCGGCAACGAGCAACUCUUGCACUCUUUUGAUUUCAGUUAUCGGAUCCCGCAUCGUGGAAUGCUUGCCAAAGGGAGGAAGGUAGCUGGAAGGCGUGAAGAAAUGUCUGCAAAUUAUGCGUUUGGACCACAGGAUGAUGAUGCGAUUAUUAAACACAGGCUUCUGACUAGGACAACGACCACCAGGGGUGAACCGCCACUAAAGAAGCUUCAGAAGAAGUUCAUGUCCUUUGCAACUGAGAUCGAGAAGGAUGCAGAUAACAUAAGUGACUGUGAAAGACUGUACAAGGCCUUUCUACAUGAAAUUAACACCUUUGAGCUACCUCUUCUGAAAAGCAAGGCUGUGGUUGAUGCAAACAUUAGGGAGAAAGAAAGCUUUAAUGAGCUGCAGGUUGAGAUUGAGCGGCAGAUCUUGCAUGCUAAGACUGAUAUUGAGGACCUUAAGAAGCAACUUGAGCAGAGCAAGAUUGAGAGGCAGCACAAAGAAGAGUGUGAAGCCAUCCGGAAGCUGAUUAGUUUGCAGCCUCCACGGUCAGAAACUGAAAAACUCAUUGCAGACCUUGAGAAGGAGAUAACUGAUUUGAAGGCGGAGAAUGUAGCAUGCAUAAGGACUUUGGAACUGAGGAAGAAGCAGUUUGCCCUUCUUCUACAUGUGGUUGAGGAAUUGCAGAUCUCGAUUGAAGAUGAGCAGAAGAGUAUAGCAGAUGAGCUGAGAGCUAUUGCUGGAGAGCAGAAGAUGAGCAUGGAAGAAGGGAGCGUCGGUGCUUCAGAUUCCAUGGUUGUUGACUGAUCGAGAUACAUUCACAUAUGUUGCAGACCUGCUUGCCAAAAUCCAUCACAUGGUUUUUGGACAAUAUGGCGAUUUGGUAGAUGUCUUUUGCGGUGUCUUUGUACCUCAUGUAAAUUGAACUGUAUGCUAGUAUGAAGUGAAAUUGAAGUACACGUUGUUGUGUAACAAAGUCAGUUCUUAUUGAUGAAUUCAGUCAAUAUAUGUUACUUCACAAG